AUGGCAUCCGCUGCAGUGUCCUCCAUCCCAGCUGACCAGCCCAGUCUCAAAGUGAAGACUUUUCCUGUUGCUCCAGCCGAUAAAAGAAAGCAUAAUGUUCAGACGACGCUGAACUACUACAAAGCCAAUGCAGAUGGCUCCCCUCCUCACCCGACCUAUGUCGGCAAGCCUGAGACCUACGAGCGCCCGACCGAACCCUUAGAUGUGACUGUCAACGACAUCUCGGGGAAUGAACUUGACUAUACUCUCGACGGCAAUGGGUUUCAGAUCUAUUACCACGAAAGCAAGGAAAAGGAGUUCGUGGAUGAUGAGAAGAUUAAGAGGGAAUAUUAUCCCGAGACGGAGCAGCUGUUGAAGGAUGCAACUGGCGCGUCAAAAGUCUUCAUUUUUGAUCACACCAUCCGCCGCGCCUCUAAUUCAAAGUCUAUUGAUAAUGCUGCUGCGCUCCGUGGCCCAGUGCAACGCGUCCACAUCGACCAAAGCUACCAGGCCUCGACCAGCCGCGUAUCAUAUCAUUUACCAGAGGAAGCACCCACACUCCUCAAAGGCCGAUAUCAGAUUAUCAACGUGUGGCGUCCCAUCAAGCCAAUCUACAGAGACCCGCUCGCCGUCGCCGACGCUCAUAGCGUACCGGAUAGUGACCUAGUCCCCACGAAACUGAUAUACCCAAACCGAGAAGGCGAGACUUACGCAGUCAAGCCAAAUAAAGCUCACAAAUGGUAUUUCCGCUACGGUCAGACGCCGGACAUUGUGACUCUGAUCAAGUGCUUUGACUCGAAAACUGACGGGAGAGCUCGCCGGGUUCCGCACACAGCCUUUAUAAAUAAGGAGACUGAUACUGAGGAGUACCCUUCGCGUGAGAGUAUUGAGAUCCGAGCACUGGUUUUUCAUCCGGAUGACACUGAGUAA